CCCUUAAAGUUGGCUUGGUCAUUGCAACCCAUCUGACACUUGCAUCCCACCUUGAAACCAACGAUUUAGAAUCCCCUGGCACUUGAAAACCCAGUCAGGUCCGCAUAAAGUCGUUACUCGUCAACAAGCAAGCAUGAUCUCGCGUUUGGAAAAGAAAUGGAACCUCUUUAAUGACUUGAAUUUGGUCUCCGGCAUGCUGCCGGAAGUCGCAAAAGUCGUAUAUUGGUCAAAAACCAAAACUGGGAACAUUGUGGACAUCUUUGUAAAACACUCUGCUCGCUGGCCAAACAAGGAGUGCAUUAUUAUGGGCGAUGAAAGUCUCACAUUUAAACAGGUUGAUGAAGUGUCCAACCGCAUGGCGCAUUGGCUUCUUGAGCAAGGAGUUAAGCCAAAAGAUGUUGUGGCAAUGGUGCUGGAAAACUCGCCAGAAUUCAUAUAUACAUGGCUGGCGAUUAACAAGUUAGGCGCCGUUGCUGCAUUUAUCAACACCAAUCUGCAAAACCAAGCUCUUGCUCACUGCCUAAGGAUUUGUAACUGCGUUAUGGUCAUUUAUCACUCGUCUCUUGCCUCCGCGGUGACAAAGGUUGCCCCCGAUGUGGUCAACAAUGGAGUUCAGCCACGUCUGUUCAGCUUUGCGGAUGGAACUGGGCCUUCCGAUGUCAACCGUGAGAUCCUGAAAUCAUACAGUCCGCAACCAACGCCUCCAGAGCUAAAAGCUCAAGUCUGCAUCGAUGAUCCAGCUGUGCUGAUAUACACAAGCGGUACUACAGGAAUGCCAAAAGCAGCAGUUGUGUCGCACGGCCGUCACUAUCUGGGAGGAAGCGUAUUCGCUACUGCAUACCAUGUGAAGAAUACGGAUCGAAUUUAUUGCUGUCUUCCGCUUUACCAUAGUUCGGCGGCUGUUAUCGUGAUGGGAAUGUCGUUUCGCACCGGAGCGACCGUCAUUCUCGCCAAAAAGUUCUCUGCAAGUACCUUUUGGGAUGAUUGCAGGCGUCAUAAUGCCACGGCUUUCCAAUACAUCGGUGAGCUGUGCCGGUAUCUCUUGAACCAGCCGCCAAAGGACAACGAUAAAAAACACAACGUGCGAUUGGCAAUUGGAAAUGGACUGCGUCCUGACAUAUGGAUGGCGUUUCGGGAGCGGUUCGGCAUCAAGGAAAUUGGAGAAUUUUAUGCCAGCACAGAAGGGAACACGACCCUAUUCAAUUGGAAUCAUGGUCCUGACGGUGCUGGAGCUGUAGGUCAUGCCGGUCCCUUGAUGCGACUUCUGAUGACCCUGCGGUUGGUGAAACUCGACAUUGAAACCGAAGAGCCUCUUCGCACCCCUGAUGGGUUCUGCGUCAAGGCUGGCUUUGACGAACCAGGAGAGCUUAUUGGAGAGAUCAUUCCUGGCGACCCUAGACGAGAUUUCAAAGGAUAUCAUGGUGACAAGAAGGCAACCGAAAAGAAGGUGAUGCGCAACGUCUUCAAGCAAGGAGACAUGUGGUUUCGUACUGGGGAUGUGCUGCGAAUGGACGAGAAUGGUUAUUACUACUUUAUGGACCGUCUGGGAGACACAUUCAGAUGGAAAGGAGAAAAUGUGUCUACAACCGAAGUUCAAGAGGCAAUACUGACGUAUCCAGGUGUAAAGGAAGCUAAUGUUUACGGGGUACCAAUUCCCGGACAAGAUGGUAAGGCUGGAAUGGGGUCUCUUGUCGUGGACGACUCGUUCGACAUCAAAGGCCUCGCUGCAUAUCUCGGGAAAACUCUGCCAAAAUAUGCUAUACCGAUCUUUUUGAGAAUUCAAGAGAGCAUUACCGUCACCGCAACUUUCAAGCACCUGAAGACCACUCUCCGCCAGGAAGGCUACAAUCCCAAUGUGGUCAAAGAGCCCUUAUUUUACCAGCCUCAAGCUCUUAACUUACCAGUGGCGGACUCGAACGGCUAUGCUCCGUUUGGCAAGAGUGAAUUUGAGAAACUCAUUGCUGGUUCGACUAAGGCAAAGUUGUGAGUCCGUUAAAGGGGCUCUAUAUAGGGGCUAUAGUGUAUAUACCUCUUUUUCAUACACACGUAUGCCGAAAGCACAUUAAUAUAGAUUUAUGAAAGACUCUGAAUAAUAAUCCUGGGCAAGUCACUGGCAACAACAUUUAUUGACCCAUUUACAAACACAAAAACACCG